UUCAAUUUGUAAAGAGAAGUAGGGGGAAGAUAAAGCUGGACAGUGAGGUAGGGGAGAUAAAACUGGACAACUGGUCACAUCACAACUUUGUGCUGAGUAGGACUUCUCAGCUACCUGCAGUAGCCAGCAUGUCUUUGGUCCUGCUCUCCAUCCUCUGCCUCAUCAUUCAGACUCAAGCAAUAGCCAUAAGACAAACACUUGGAUCAGAGCUGUAUGAAGUAGUUCACCCUAAGAAACUACACAUUUUACACAAAAGAGAGAUACAGAAUAACCAAACAGAGAAGCAUGGCAAAGAGGAAAGAUAUGAACCUGAACUUCAAUAUCAGAUGAUGUUAAAUGGAGAAGAAGUCAUUCUUUCCCUACAAAAAGCUGAGCAUCUUCUGGGACCAGACUACACUGAAACAUAUUACUCACCCGGUGGAGAAGAAAUCACCACAAGACCUCAGAACAUGGAACACUGCUACUAUAAAGGACACAUCCUAAAUGAAAAGGACUCUGUUGCCAGCAUUAGUACUUGUGAUGGAUUGAGGGGCUAUUUUACACAUCACGAUCAAAGAUACAUGAUAAAGCCUCUGAAAAGCACAGACGGAGAAGAACACGCUGUACUCACAUACAACCAGGAGGAACUCAACCCAGCUAAUCACACCUGUGGUGUAAGAAAUGUUGGCAGGAAACAGGACCUUAUUCGAACCUCAAGGUCACUCAAAAGUCCAGAGAUAGAAGAAUUUCUUCAGGGUGAGAAAUACAUUGAUCUGCUUUUGGUGCUGGAUAAUGCCUUUUAUAAGAUGUAUAAUGAGAAUAUAACUGUGAUAAGAAGCUUUGUGUUUGAUGUGAUAAACCUACUCAAUGUGAUUUACAAUACCAUAGACGUUCAAGUGUCCUUGGUAGGUAUGGAAAUAUGGUCUGACAGUGACAAGAUAAAGGUGGUGCCCAGCACAGCUGCCACCUUCAAAAACUUUCUGAAUUGGCAUUAUUCUAACCUGGGGAAAAUGAAGACCCAUGACCAUGCUCAGCUACUCAGUGGAGUUGGCUUCAAAACUCAAAUGGCAGGACUGGCGACCUCGAAUUCCUUGUGCUCCCCAUCAUCCGUCGCUGUUAUUGAGGGCAAGAGAAAGAACAGUGUCUCUCUUGUAGGAGUGAUGUCACACGAAUUGGGUCAUGUCCUUGGUAUGCCUGAUGUUCCAUAUAACACCAAGUGUCCCUCUGGGAGUUGUGUGAUGAACAAAUAUCUAAGUUCAAAAUUCCCAAAGGAUUUCAGUACAGUUAGUCGCUCACAUUUUAAAAAAUACAUGCUAUCUCAAAAGCCAAGAUGCCUACUGCAAGCAUUGGUUCCUAAAAAUAUGACAAAACCAGUGUGUGGGAAUCAACUUUUGGAAGUAGGUGAAGACUGUGAUUGCGGCUCCCCUGAGGAAUGUACCAAUCCUUGCUGUGAAGCCGUGACCUGUAUGUUAAAACGUGAAGUUAAUUGUGGAAAAGAGACUGAACAAUAACAUAGGAUGAAUCCAAACAUCUGCUUCAUUGAGAUGCUACUUGCCAGGACAAGAAUCAAGAAAUCCAAACAUGCCAGGAAUCUUACAUAGUCUUACCAUUGUCCUUAACUAUAUUUUGCUUUUCACUUGUCCUUAUACUUCCUGUAAUAUUACCUCUCCAGUCAGCAGGUCUAUACAUGUAUUUAGGGAAGCUGCCUAUUUUCUAAGUCUGAUCUUUAAAUGCGUUUUUUAAGGAUCUUGAAGCUGUUGUUUAGCUCUUUUCUUUGGAGAACAAAAGAAAUUAGUCUUUGACUAAAACACUGCAAAAUGCUCUACUGAAUUAUGCAAGCUCAAUUCAGAAUUGUAUAAUGGCAAGUGACUUGUGUUUUAAUCCCGCUUUUAUUUUAGUUUAGUCCAUGAAAAAAUAAGAUCAUUUGAUGAGUGUAAUCUUUGGUGGAAGAUAGGAAAGCAAAGUUCGUAUGUCAUUUCUUACUCCUCAGUAUUCUGCUUUCCUUGCUCUUAGAAGUGUGAUAUUUUUCUAUAUCAUGUCAAGGCUGAUGAAGUAUUUUUUAUUUUAUCAUGUAUAAUCCUUUCACCAUCACAUUUAGCGUUAAUUUGAAGAGGUCUGUAUUGCUUACACUGUCAUUUAGCCACCAAGAAUUGCUUCAUUCAUCUAUUGGUUUAAUGAGCCACAGUGUCAGUGAAUAAAAGCACAACUUUUUGAGGAA